AUGACAAGUGCAUCUCACGAUAAUGACAGUGCAGAACAACAAGGCAAUCCAUUGUAUGCAGCACUUGCCAGGACCACCACAAGGGGAGUAGCACUGUACUUCUCUCGCCCGGUGCGACUGUUUCGACCAACCAAAGUGAGCGGCUGGCACUCUCUUCGUGGUCAUGCUAAUAAGCACGGGGCGACUCUAAGUAUCCAGUAUGUAUCCGCGCUCGUGAAGAAGCAAGGUUUCAUGGUGAUUCCAAAACAUUUUGUGCCGCCGAUGGUCGUAAAUGCAAUGUUGGGUACUGUUCUAUGGACGACCUACACAGAAACAUCUAAUUACCUGGAAGCGCAUCUGGAGACGCAUCCGACUUUUGUCGCUGCGCUUUCAGGCGCUGCUGCAGGGGGCACCCAAGCCUUGGUUGCAGCUCCUGUAGAAAAUGGUGGCACCAGUAGAGGAUGGCCUCAUGCAUGGCAAGAAGUCUUUCGGGGAACUGAGCCCCCUAGAUCAGCCAGUAGAACGGACAAUAUUCAAGAAAUAAGACAGGUGAGGCAUUGGAUGAAGGAGGUUUCUCAGAUGGCUGGUCGGGGGUGGGAUGGUUGGGGUUGGGGAUGUGCCAAAGACGUUUGCGGCUUUGCUGCAUUCUUUGUGAUAUUUGAAAUCACUCGUAGAGUGGCGAUAGCUUCCAAAGCUGCAGCGCAAGGCACCAUCCAAAAAUUAUCAAUGACCUCGGAGGAACACGUCUUCGGCCGCCAUUUUCCACGAGCCAUUCAUGGCAUUACCUUAGUGACUGGAGGGGCAUCGGCGGGUUUGGCAUACGAGAUCCUCAGCAGACCAUGGGACGUAACCAGGCGCACAAUUCAACUAGAACGGUCCCUUCAUCCCACUUUGAAACAUCCGCUGUUCGUGAUUGUGCAGAAAAUUCGUGGGGAUGGAAUAAUUCAUUUUUUCCGUGAUACCUCGACUGUGGGUAGCGAAACAAAAGAAGCAUCUACCAUUCGGCGUCGGAUAAAUUCCGGCGUCCGUACGCUUGCUCGAGUCGGUCCAUGGGGCUUAGGAUUUUUGGUAUGGGAGGCUUUCGGACCGGGUUUGUCCUAA